UGACCUGUAAGCGUGCCUUUGCUAAGUAUAACUUCUAUUACCUAUAUAAUCAACUACCUCUAACAGCCUCCAUAAGACCCCUGCCGGGAAUCAAAUAGAGUUGUAUCGAGCUAUUUAAUACCUUUGACGUAACUCCUGUUCUCUAGCGAUAUCAGACCACCUCUGUAGAAGCUCUUAAAGCUUUAUCUCUUGCAGCUGUCGUGUAGCUCUUAACUCUUUUGUUUGAACCCUCCGGCGUGUGUUGCGAGUUUGAUUUGAGGGAGCCUUAUGUUUCCGGCAUAUAUUACAGGUAAAGAAGCGUCCGAAAGCAGAGGGAGGUUAAAUCUGCGCGUAACUUAAGUAAUAAUAGUCCGUAUCGUCGUCUGGAAAGGUUUAAUACUCAGUAGAGACCGUAGAAGCUUCGGCAAGAGAGGUAGAUUCAAGGGUAGGCUCGCAGGUAGACUCACAGGUAGGCUCGCGGACAGGUUGUUGCGAUUCCCAGAGCUCUCCAGCGGUUUGCCAGCUAUCAAACCUUCCCGGGGGUAUUUCCAAGGGUAUUUCCAAUUGUACGUGUUACGGUUUAGAAUCAAAGGAUAUUUUAUCUGUAAAGAUAUCAAUAUUAAGCCACACGCGGUCCUGUUCGAUUUCCUAUUGCCUCUCCUCUUGAUUCCACUGAUAUUUGUUGUUAGAGAGCUCUUAUUAGCGCCGGCCUUCUUCCUCUUGCUCUUUAUAUAUCGCCUCUAACUUCGCGCGCUCCUCCGGUGUGUAAAUCCCUUUCUCUUGCCUCUAGAGCACUCGCUGAUCGUGCCUCCCUUAGAUAAACUCGCCCUUAGCCUACUUAUAGUACUGCUCGCGUUUCCGGGUCUAGCACACGCGGCAUAUUAACAAUCGAUAGCCGUCGCCUCGGAGGGGAUAAUCAGCAAUCUCGCGGAAGGAUUUACAGCUAGAACAGCGUAGACGAUUUGUAGGGAGGUCUGUAGGCGUCAUUUUGCAAGUGUGUGUGUAAAGAGAGCUAUAAAGCUAUAAAGGUAGGUAGGUAAAGGUAUAGCCGUAAAGAGGUAUGCGCACGGGCCUCCACGUGACAGCGUCCCCGUUCUCCGGAAAAAACGCUUAAUAUAAGGAAGGAUUCUGACUCUUCCUAGCUAGGACUCUAAGGGCUCUUGUUUUUUCCCUCUAUAAUUCAUUGAGAUUAAGGUGCAAAGUUUCUUCACAACACCUCAGCCGCGUCGCUUGAGUGGUUGUUACGUAUUGUGACGUACAGUAAUAAUCAAAAGUUGCAAUGUCCCCGAGAGGAAGAGAUCCCCCUACAUGUCCCCGAGAGGGAUAGCUCAGGCGGAAAUUUUGAAAAUCAAAACUUAUAUCAUCCCCCAUGGUUUUCUUCCAUUAACUCUUAAUAUUUCACUCCUAUUUGGAAAAGAAAGCUUUCACGCAAAUUUUUGAGAGAAUUCUAUUCUGUUUUUAACUUAAUAGUCAACUUUCAUCUCGCUUACCUGUACACCUCCGAAAACAUCUACCCCUUCUACAUCUCUACGAUUCAACACUCCAACAACGUCUAAGAUACAAGUCUUGAGCCGUGUAAGGUCUGCUCUGUGUAGUAUAUUACAUUGAUUACGAAGAAUGAUGCCAACUACGUCCACGGUUGAAACUUCCGCGCCUCUGCCGUGUACGGGGCAAGAUGUCUUUGUCAACAACAUUCCAACCCAGACCACAGAUGGGACGUCCUUUGUCCAACAAGAUGCAAGCCCUGUGAUACAAGCAGCCAAAAGAUCCUCAAGCUCAGCAAGAAUCUUCUUAUCAACAGACCCAACUGUACCAGUUAAGCAUGACCAUGCUUUAGUCCAGGAUAAGCAGGCGUUAUCUGCUGACGAAAUGUUUCACGUCCUAACAAAUGUGGAUCGUAACAAAGAAGAAUCGGCGGAAAAGAAAUUCCUAACGUCGCCAAAUGACAACAUAAAGUCUUCUUAUCCAGAAGGUGGUCUCCGCGCUUGGCUUGUCGUGGUGGGAUCUUGCUUUGGUUGUGCCGUGACCCUGGGCAUGAUGAACACUGUCGGGACUUUCCACUCCUACUUGCAAGAGCACCAACUCAAAGCAUACGAUGAAGGAACUAUAGGAUGGAUCUUUAGUGUCUUCAUCUUCCUCGGAUUCUUUGGUGGUGUUCAAGUAGGACCAAUAUUCGACGCUCGCGGGCCUAAGGUCCUUAUCCUCAUCGGAAGUAUAUGCAUAGUCACCAGUAUGCUACUACUUGGCUCUUGUACUGAAUUCUGGCAUUUUAUGCUUUGUUUUGGAGUCCUUGGUGGCAUCGGCGCGUCUUUAAUAUUCACCCCUGCUCUCUCGGCAGUAGGACACUUCUUCAAUGAAAAACGUGGAACAGCAACUGGUAUUGCUGCAGCUGGAGGUUCGCUAGGCGGUAUCAUUUUUCCAUUGGCUUUGCAAGAGCUAUUUCCUAUGGUUGGAUUCGCCUGGGCUACUAGGAUCAUCGGCUUUGUUGUUGCUUUUUGCUGCGCUAUGACGCUUUUGCUCGUCCGCUCGCGGCUACCUCCUAAGCCAAACCAGAAGAUGGCUCCUAGUUUGAGUAUGUUUCGUCAGCAAUCGUAUGUGUCGGUUGCCUUAGGAAUCUUCUUCAUGGAGUGGGCGCUCUUCGUACCUAUCACCUACCUUACCUCCUUCGCUAUAUCGACUGGUGCUAUGUCCAAAGAGUUCUCGUACCAGAUUAUCGCUAUCAUGAAUGCGGGCUCAUGUAUUGGCAGAUGGGCACCUGGUCUAGUCUCUGAUAAACUGGGUCGGUUCAACAGCAUGAUUGCCGCACUUGCUCUCUGCGCAGCGAUGACUCUAGUCCUAUGGCUACCAGCAUCUCUCCUUGUGGCAGGGUCCUCUUCAGACGCAGCCGUAAUUAAAGCUCUCUCUAUUUUAUUUGCUCUCAUCUUUGGCUUUGCGUCUGGGUCUAAUGUGUCACUUGCACCAGUUUGUGUGGGUCAGCUUUGCGAUACUAAUGAAUACGGAAGAUACUAUGCUACUUGUUAUACAGUGGUUUCGUUUGGUACACUUACUGGCAUUCCGAUUGCUGGAAGUUUGGUUCAAGUGGCUGGUGGGCACUACUAUGGUGUGGUUAUUUGGACUACAGUGUGUUAUCUUGUUUCUGUCGGAUGUUUCAUUUGGAGUCGUGCUUGUUGCGUUGGCUGGAAGUUAGCGGUCAAGUUUUAAAUAAAGACAGGUCCUCUACGAUAUCUAAUACUCUCUAAUGUUGAUACCUAUUUUAGACUUGUAUAAGUAGCUAGAAAAUCCUCAGACGUUCGAGUCACAGGAAG